AGGAAAGGGGAAGGCAAUGGGGGGUAGAGACAGACACGCGUGCACUGGGCGACACAGACACUCUGAAAGGCAGGCGGAGAGGGAAAGAGAGGGACUCUGGUUAGUCCACAGACCAGAGACUGGCGCCGCAGAGACCAACGGCACCCCCCACGUGCUCUCGAAGGAAGGUGUGAAGAGGCCGCGCACAUGGGUGUUGGUGCAGCUCCGUAUCCAGGAUCCCACGUGUGGGACUGCUGCCUUUGACAGGCGGCGCAGCGCAGCACAGAGCACCACCCACCCACACACACGUACACAUACACAGACUUCAAACACACGGACUCUGCUUUGGAUCACCUUGAGUGACAGGAUGUUCUGGAAGGUGGCGCUGUCUAUCCUCCUGGCUGGCAUCCUCUGUGCCCCCGUGGAGCCCCGAAAGAGCCGGCCGCAAGGCUCCAUCCCCUCACCAUACAAAGCCAACGGCAAUGCAUCAGAGCGCCCGCGGGUACGCAAGCAGGAGGUGCUGGCCUCCAGCCAGGAGGCCCUGGUGGUGACCGAGCGCAAAUACUUACGCAGUGACUGGUGCAAGACACAGCCGCUGCGGCAGACUGUGGCCGAGGAGGGCUGCCGGAGCCGUGCAGUCAUCAACCGCUUCUGCUACGGCCAGUGCAACUCCUUCUACAUCCCGCGUCACGUCAGGAAGGAGCAGGAGGCCUUCCAGUCCUGCGCCUUUUGCAGGCCGUACCGGGUCACCACGCUCACUGUACAGCUGGACUGCCCUGGGCUGCAGCCACCUUUCCGGUACCGCAAGGUCCAGCGGGUGAAGCAGUGCCGCUGUGUUUCCGUCCGCGUGGGGGAGCCAGGCAGGCGGUGAGGGCUACAGGCUGCCGGAGCCCAACUUGCCCAGACUUUAUUUCUCCUUAAAGGAGAGAUCUUAUGAGUCUCUUUUCAGAAACCAAAGAACUUCUCACACAUUUUUCCAACUGCAUAUAAAGUAAAUGAAAGCAAAUUGAGGACAAAGACCACCGGCUACCUGUAAAUUACAGGUACUGACCACUAUGGAUCAUCGGCAGAGAAAACAACAUAUACACGAGAUCUCUGCAUAGGUGACUUUGAGGCAGCUUCUUGAAGGUUCUCCUUUUUUUCCUGUUAAUGUAAAUGUAUAUAAAUAUAUUCACGUGAAUAAAAGUCUAUAUCUGUUUUG